AUGGAAGACAAAUUAAACAUUGAAAGCAUGAUGGAAAAAAAUUCUACAGAAUAUUUACAACAGCAAAAUACAGAAGCGGAGAGCCAAGAAUGCAAUGAACAACGAAACAUGCUAGAUUUGUUGAGUAAGAAGUUUCAAACUCAUGAUGAGCUCAUUGUGCAUGUUCGAAAUUUUUUCUUUGAGAAAGGUUAUGUUUUGUCCAUUCAAAGCUCUAGAAAAGAUAAAUAUGUCACUAUUGGUUGUGAUUUAGGAGGUAUUUACCGAAAUAGGCAUUGUGUUCCUUUUGACAAACGACAAAGAAAAACUUCUAGCCGUCUUAGAAAUUGUUCAUUCAUGAUUAAAGGAAAAAAGCAAGAUGAAGGGUUUUGGACAUUAGAAGAAAAAAAUAACUUGCAUAAUCAUGAGGCCUCCGUAGACAUGUCCGGACAUUCAUCUUGUCGUCGUUUGUCAAAGGAGGAAAUCAGUAGUGUUGAAACAAUGAGUAAAUCAGGCAUAGCACCGCGUCAUAUUUUGACAUCACUUCGACAAAAAAAUAAUAGUCUUCAAGCAGUCUCUCGGAGUGUGUAUAAUGCCAAAGCUAAAAUCUAUAGAGAAAAUUUGGGUUGUCGAACUAUAAUUCAAGCAUUGUUUGAGGAAUUUGGAGAUGGCGAUUUUACAUUCAAUGUUCAACAUAAUGAAACUGGCCAUUUAACGCAUCUAUUUUUCGCUCAUCCUUUAUCUAUUACACUUACGCGAAAUUACCAAAAUGUCUUUGUAAUGGAUUGCACUUACAAGACAAAUAAAUAUAAGAUGCCAGUAUUAGACAUAAUUGGAAUUUCUAGUUUGAACUCAUCCUUUUAUUCAUGUUUUGCACUUUUAGAGAAGGAGUGUGAACAAGAUUAUGUGUGGGCUUUAGAUAUGUUUAAAAUAAUUCUUGGAGAUAAUGUUCAACCAUCUGUAAUUGUUUCUGAUAGGGAGUUGGCUUUAAUGAAUACUAUUAGAGUAGUUUUUCCCAAAACUAUAAAUCUUUUAUGUGUGUGGCAUAUUAAGAAGAAUAUAUUGGCAAACUGCAAGCGAUAUUUUGAAGUUCAAGAUGAAUGGAAUUCUUUUUUAUCUUCAUGGAAUGGAAUUAUAUAUGCAUCAAAUGAAGUUGAAUAUGCAGAAAAUUGGAAACAAUUUGAAGGAAAAUAUGCACAAAAGCAAAAUGUCAUUAAUUAUACUCAUGGUACUUGGCUUCCAUAUCAUGAAUAUUUUAUUAGUGCAUGGACAGAGAAACAUCUUCAUUUUGGUAAUCGUGUCUCCUCAAGAGCUGAAAGUGCACAUGCAAAACUCAAAAGAUAUUUGCAAGUUUAUACAGGUGACUUUUGUCAACUAAAAGAUAAAAUAUGUCUUGCUAUUGAAAAUGAGUUUCAAGAAAUUAAAGCUCAUUUGGCUACUGAAAGGUUACAUUUACCACAUUGUUGUAACUCUUUGUUUUUUAAGAAUCUCACUACUCGUGUUUCAAAAUUUGCAAUGAGACAAUUGCAUAAUCAAUAUGAAAUGGUGAAAUAUGGGAAAGUAACACCUUUGUGCAAAGGUCAUUUUACAGCAACUAUGGGUCUUCCUUGUGCUCAUAAGAUGAUGAGUUGGAAGGGUGGGAUGAUUCCUCUUGAUUUCAUUCACUCUCAAUGGAGAAUUGAUUCAAAUUUUAUUUCUAGCCUUGGUGAAACUAGAAAUAGGGAUGAUGGCAUUCAAGAGAUGUUUACUGAGCUUCAAUAUAAAUAUCAACAAUGUCCUCUUGUUCAAAAGGAGUAUGUCCGAGAGACAUUAUCUCAGUGUAUAGAUAUAUCAACUUCGUCGUAUCUUGAGCCGACUAUUCAACCACAUAAGGGUCGACCCAUAAAAAAUGCAAGAAAAAACAACUCGAGUACUACAGAGCAUAUUCCUUCUAACUUUGAGAUGGUAGAGAAUAGAAGAAGAUGUCGCGUUUGUAAGGGUGUAGGACAUAAUAGUCGUACUUGUAAAGAAACUAUCGUAGUUGAUGAGCUCGAUUCAAGGAAUAUGGAUUUUUCUAUGAAUGAAGGUGGUCAGUCAAAUUUAGUUGAUCUAAACUUGGAUUACAAUCCAAUCAAUUUUUGA